AUGCAGCUGGACGCCUACCUUUCCGAGCACCAGCUCCCGCCGGUCCAUGUUGCUGAGGCCCAAGCCCUCGCCGGCGGCUCCGAGAAAAGUCGCCUCGGGGAGCUGAGUGGACAGGCGGCCUCGAUGCUGAGGAUCAUCUUCGACGAAGGCUCCGCGUCUUUGGUCACGCCUCAAGCUCCGGCUCCAGCGAAGGCGCCUUCAGGUUACCAAGCGGCCACAGACGAGGGGACAGAAGCGGCGAAAGAUGCGGACGCCGGCAAGAAGCGGCGCUGGGCACGGAACAAGGCAGCAUAG